GGAAUGCCUAAACCUGGUUCAUAGGCAAAGCGAGUGAGGUGUGAAGAGAGAAAGGGAGGGAAAAUGGAAGACUCGAGGAAGAAAGGAACUGUGACGUCACUGGCGUCAGUGUUCCCCGUAGAGGAGUCGCAGAAGGCCGCGAAGCGCGUCGAAGACGCCAUCGCCGAGAAGCAGAACGAGCUCGACCGUGUACGAGGUUUUGUCGCCGACAACGACAACCUCAUCAACCUCGUCCAGAAGCUUCCAGAACAACUCUCUCACGACAUCAUGGUUCCGUUUGGGAAAGCAGCGUUCUUCCCUGGUCGAUUGAUUCACACCAACGAGUUCCUGGUUCUUUUGGGAGAAGCGUAUUAUGCAGAGAGAACUUCAAAACAAACCGUUGAGAUUUUGCAACGAAGAGGGAAGUCAUUGGAUUCGCAAGUUAAUUCUCUUGAUGCCAAUAUUAAGGACCUUAAAGCAGAGGCUUCGUUUUUCAAUGCCACAGCUUCUGACGCAGCGGAGGGUUUUGUGGAGAUAUUGGAAGAUUAUGUGGAGAAAGAGUCUAUUGGAGAGGAAUCUAAAUCAGGUCCAUUGCAGCAAGAUGCUUCCAAUUUGGGGAAUGCUACAGCUGGCAAUGAGGAAUAUGCUAAUAUUCUCCGUAUAAUGGAUGAACUCGAGAAAGAAGAAGAGCUUGCUGCAGGAAUUGACAGUGACAGUGAUCAAAAUGAUGAAACUACUGCUGAUUUUGAUGAUAUUUCAUAUCAGGGUCAUAUCAAUAAAAAUCUCCAAAAUUCAGAAAAUUUUCAUCAAGGCAUUCCACUGGACCAGACUAAUACUAAAAUUAUAGCAACUGAGUUUCCAAAAAAGCAUCACCGCCAAGAAGAUAUAACUGAUCAGUUGAAUUUUGCUAACCUGGCAGUGCAAUCUAAUAUCAGAGAUGGGGGAAAUUUUGCACAAAAUAAAUCCAUUGAUCCUAGUGAGAAGAUUCCUGUGCUUCUGAAAGAGAAAAUAGUUCAACCAACUACUGCAUCCAAAACUGAGGUGCAACACCAAACUUCAAAACCAUCGUUUGACAGUCGCAAGGCUUUUACAGGCUCUAUCAUAGAGCAUUCUGAGAAUAUUCAAACAGCUUCAAGCGAACAAAAUUCAACUUCAUCACAGGUUUCUGGUUCUCAAUCUUCAAAACCAGUAUCCAGAUUCAAAAUGCAGAGAAGAUAGCUACAAUAAUAUCAUAAGGUUGUUUGAAAUUUUUUGUAUUUGGCGAUCUGACAGUGUGAUAUCAAUGAUUGUUGUUAGAUGUGCUGGUUAGAUCAAAAGCAGAAAAAGCGCCAGUGGGAUAAACGGUUAUUAGUAGUGAAAAUUUUGAUGUCUUUUCUUGGCAGAAUGAAAAAGCGUUUAGAUGUUUUAUAGCAUUGUAAUUGAAAUAAUUGACAAUUAUAGAUAUGGAUCACAGCAAGAAGGGGGAGGUGCAAGAGGUUAUUGAAUGACCCUCUUGUAUUAUGUACAGGUAGUGAAAAUUGAAACAUCUUCACUGGUCUUUUUCUCCCCUUUUGGCGAUACAAAGAGCCAUGAAAUCAUUCUAGAGCUACAGCAGUGGUUACAAUUAGAUAUUCAUGUGGUUUAGACUGUUUAGUACUAAAAAGUUUCUUUGUGGUGGCUACUUACAGGCGUGUAUUUUCGCACCUUACCUGUUGUAGCUACUAACAUAUUGUCUAGGAAUAUGCUGUGUCGAUAAUUUUUGUUUUUCUCUGGUAGUUUGGAUGUUACUAAUAAGGUUCUUAAAGUUAUAAUCUACAGAACAAUAAAUAAU